CCUUAUUUUUUUCUAUAGGAAAAUGGAGGCCCAAACGUCCAAGGUGGUGCUGUCUCUGGACGCUAAACAGGUGGCCUCGCUCAAAGACGGAGUGAGCUUCAAGAAAAACCCAGAAGACGGGAGAUGUUACAUCAUCUACAAGAGCAGCGGUGGCUUCAAAGCCUGCAAGAAUCAGUGCAAACACCAAGGAGGGCUAUUCAUCCAGGACAUAGAAGACCUGGACGGCAGGACGGUGAAAUGCACCAAGCACAACUGGAAGUUAAACGUGUCGUCGAUGAAAUACGUGAACCCGCCCGACAGCUUCCUCCAGGACGAGCUCGAAGUUGAAAUGUUGGAUGAUGGAGGGAUGCAGCUGGUUGAGCUGAGCCCCAUUGACCCCUGGCUGGCUGACCCCAGAGAACCUCAGGAGCUCCAGGAGGGAGAAGUGAAAAUAACAUACCUCACCCACGCCUGCAUGGAGCUGCAGCUGGGAGAUAAGUGCUUCCUGUUUGACCCCUGGCUGAAGGGUCCCGCCUUCGCUCGAGGCUGGUGGCUUCUCCACGAGCCGCCGGCAGACUGCCUGGACCGACUCUGUGCUGCAGAUCUCAUCUACAUCAGCCACCUGCACUCCGACCACCUCAGUUAUCCCACUCUGAAGGUGUUGUCAGAACGGAGGCCAGACAUUCCCAUAUAUGUUGGUGACACAUCCAGACCAGUUUUCUGGAAUUUGGAACAAAGCAAGGUCAAGCUGACCAAUAUCAGAGUCACUCCUUUUGGUGUCUGGCAAAAUGUUGACGAUAACCUGAGGUUUAUGAUUCUGAUGGACGGUGUCCAUCCUGAAAUGGACACUUGCAUCAUUGUUGACUAUAAAGGUCACAUGAUCCUGAACACGGUGGACUGCACCAGGCCAAAUGGGGGCAGACUACCAGAAAAAGUGGACCUGAUGAUGAGUGAUUUUGCUGGUGGUGCGUCUGGAUUCCCCAUGACAUUUCACGGAGGGAAAUACAGCGACUCGUGGAAGGCAGAGUUCAUCAAGAACGAAAGGAAGAAGUUACUGAACUACAAAGCCACGCUGGUCAAAUCCCUGCAGCCGAGAAUCUACUGUCCCUUCGCUGGAUAUUUUGUGGAAGCUCAUCCAUCAGACAAGUACAUUAAGGAUACAAACAUCAAAAACAGAGCAGAGGACCUCAACGCACUCAUCAAUCAGCUUUCACUAAACACCAAGACGUGGACUCCCAAACCUGGCGCUGUGCUGGACCUCGGCCUCGCACUGAAAGACAGCAGUGAGGCCAUUACUGAUCCUCCAGCCAAUGCCAAAAUCUACAAGGACAGCUGGGAGUUUGACUUGUAUGUGGAUGAGCUCAACAGCGCCAUCAGCAGUGAGAUAUUUAAGCAUGAGAGCUGGAUCCAGUUUUAUUACAGCUGGGCAGGCUUUCAAAACUACAACCUGGUGGUGCGGAUGAUUGAAACAGAUGACAGCUUUAAACCAGUGAGUAAUGGCUAUGACUACAUGGUGGACUUUUUGGAUUUGUCAUUUCCUUCCACAAGACCGGACAGAGAGCACUCCUACCUUGAGGUUAAAAACAGAAUCGGCGUGAUGAGGUACGUGGUUCUGCACGGCGGCCUCUGGGACGACCUGUACAUCGGCUUUCAGAACCGCAUCAGCCGAGAUCCUGACACCUACCACCACAAGUUCUGGAACCACUUCCAGACCCAGUUACCUCUUCACAGUCCAGACUGGGAACAGUUUCUGCAGCGAGUCCCUCCCAUCCAGGAAACAGACUCAUUAAAUUAUGGCCUAUUGAAUUACUGUUCCAUUUUAUAGAUUUGGAAGGAGGGGAUGUGAAAGAAAUGCUUUGAUUUCUUGGUUUAAACCAAAGUAAAAUGAUUAAUUGCAUGAAUUAAGCCAAAGUGGAAUUUCCAUGAAGCCUAAUGGAAGUUAUCUUCCUAACGGAAAUUAAUCUUCUGGGAUUUUUUUAUUAUUAUUAUUUUCUUACUUAUUGAAUGUAUGAGUUUUCUAAACCCUCAUGUAUAAAUGAUUUAGAUAUUUUAGUGUUUUAAAGCAAAAAGCAAUGCCGCACAUCAACUGCAUUUCAUAACACUCCAAUCCUUCACAGUACAUUUAUUCUCACCUCACGCCUCCUUUUCCUCUCUCCCCACCAACCAUGCAAAUCCUAGUUUCAUAUAUUCAAGAAAAGCAGAGGCAUGACAUCUCAUUUACACGCAACUGUCCUCCUUUAAGGUACUUUUGCUCAAGUCCAUAUAAUAAAUGAGCCAAUCACGUGGCAGCAACACAAAGCAUUUAAGUGUACAACUGGAAAUCGGCAACAAAAAAAC